AUGGAAAUACAAUCUCCAUCUUGGCUUAUUCCUCAUGGCCCAUACAUCAUCUUUGAAACUUUUUUGAAUUAUAUAUGCCGGUAUAAAUAUAUUUUGAUCAACAUACUUGCACCUGUCACAGGAACCUUUUAUUUUGUGAAGGACAUAGAGAGUGGUUGGGAAGCUGAGAACUUGCCCAACUUGCCCAGGAAUACAGGUUGCAUAUAUGGUUCUAGUUCAUCGUUGGACCAGAUAUAUCGUCUCCUCUCAAAAGAUGGGUUAUCUUCAGAUUUUGCUGAAAACAGUCGUGUGUUGUUCGGCAACCAUACUUUACUGUGUGAACUCUUUAAAAAACGAGCCGAGAAAAAGCCCUCAUUUCUUCAAAGAGAUCUUUGUUACAAGAUACAGGCCAAGCAAAACAAGAGGAUUCAGAUAACCAUAUCAUUGUCUGGAAGUUCAAACGCUGAAGUACAGGCCCAGAAUAUCUUUCCACUUUACGCUCUGAUUGCUAAACCAAUUAGUACUAUUUUGUAUGAAGGGCAUUCUCCAGUAUAUCAGUUCACUCGGGCUUGUUUGCUGACUUGUUUUGAUGAAUCUGGACGUGACAGCCACACUGAAGCCACAUUCAUCAUUGAAGACCUGAAGACUUUAGCUAACAUUAUCCUUGUUAGCUGUGGACAAUUUGGACAAUCACCUGAUGAAAAUAACUGUUCAAAGAACCAGUUGGAGAACUCCUCUCUUCGAAAGCUUGGAGGGCAAUGUUUCUGGGGCAACAUACCAAAUGAUUUACUUCAUUCAUCAUUGGGGAAUUGUGUGGAUUUAAGCUUAGGACGGACUAAGAAGUUUGCUUUGCCAGUUACUAUGAGCCCAGGCUUCGGAGAGACAAAAUUUCUUGAGCAGGACAGUUUCUUGACAUUUUGUUCUCUUAAGUUUAAUGCAGUGUGUCCAUAUCAACUAAAAGUAAGCAUACGCGCACAAACCACUGGUGCAAGAUACAUGUUUAAGUCUCCUUAUAAUUCUUACUUAUAUAAUGAUGUCCCACCUUCUUAUCUACCACAUAUAGUAAGCUUAAGAAAUGGAAAUGUGCGCUUUAAGUAUGGAAACGAUAUUUUUGAUGCUACAGAAGUUACUGAAGGUUUUUGCUGCUCCUUCUGCUAUGUAAAGUGUGGAAGCUUCCUGGGUCUGCAAUGGCACUUAAUGUCAUCACAUGACCGAUUCAACUUUGAGUUCUGGAUAUCUGAGAAGGAACAGGGUGUUAAUGUUAGCUUGAAGCACAAUGCCUGGAGAGAUGAGGUUUUUCCUGCAGGAAUUGAUCCGAGACAGAGAACAUUUUCCUACUUCUCAAAGUACAAGAAGCGCAGAAGAUUAGUUACAGCAACUGAGGCGGUUGUUCCGUCAAAAGAUACUGAGAUGAUUGUUCCAUCAAAAGUAACUGAGACAAUCGUUCCGUCAAAAACAACCAAGAGGAUCGUUCUUUCAAAAGCAACUGAGACAAUCAGACAUGGACCUUUACUUGGUGUAGGAUCAAAAUCACCCGAAGAUGCCCAUGUGAGCUUUGAAGAUAGCUACGUGCAGAAGGAAAUUGACACGUCAGUUGAUCCUGCCUAUUCAUUACAUGACGGCCAUCUGUCACCACCAAGAGUAAUUCAGUUUGGAAAGACCAGGAGACUGUCUGUUGAUCAGUUUGACCCUAAACUUCGGCAAGUCCUUCGAACACGUCAGUUCUUCCAUUCUCACAAAGGACAGCAAAUGACAGUUGAAGAAGUUCUCUCAAAUCAUGAUAGUGAAGACGAAGUUGAUGAUGAUGUUGCUGACUUUGAAGAUAGAAAGAUGCUUGAUAGUUUCGAUGGUAUUGCAAUAGAUGAGAAGCGUGUCAUGCAUAUGUGGAAUUCAUUUGUUUCGAGACAGAGGGUGAUAGCUGAUAGUCAUAUACCAUUUGCCUGUAAAGCAUUCUCCCAGCUUCAUGGACAAUUACUUGCACGAAGCCCAUCGCUAUUAGGGUGCUGGAGGCUUUUUAUGAUCAAACUCUGGAACCACAAUCUGCUAAAUGGGAACACCAUGAACGCCUGCAACUUGAUUAUUGACGGCUUCAAGAACUAA